AUGACCCCAACCCCAACCCCAACCCCAGACGACCCAACACCACCACCACCACCAACAACAACCACAUCUACAGAACAAUCGCCUCCCCGCCUCCCCGUCCAAACCCACCACUGCCGCUUCUGCAACCACCUCCUCCUCGCGACCACACGCUCCGUCUCCUCCCUCCCGCGCCGGAAAGACCCCGCCAAAGACGGUGCCUUAAUCCUACCUCUUCCGCGCGAUAACAGCACCGCCGACGAAGACGAAGAAGAACCCACCACAUCACAAUCACAAUCUUCCAAGAAACAAAAGCACUACACGAUCCUUCUAUCCACCACCAUCCCGGAUCGCAAACACACGCUUGUGCGGAGGGAAGAUGGGUUCGAGAAACGGUUGUUUCUGAGGUGCGGGCGGUGUAGAGUUGUCAUGGGGUACUUUUUGGAUGAGGUGCAUUUUGGGGGGAAGAGUGCUGGGGCUGAAGGUGAGGAUGAGGAUGGGGAGAAGGCUAGGGUGGUUUAUCUCUUGCCGGGGGCUUUGGUGGAGACGGGGGUUAUGAUGGGGGAUGAGCUGGAGAAGGUGGUCAAGGGGUUGGAUAGAGAUGGCUAUGGUGUUGGGAGGUGA